CAACACAGAUUAAUUUCAAACCAAAAAAAAAAAAAGAAAAGAAAAGAGAGGAAAAAACACGAGAAAUUGGGAAAGAGGAAAGAGCUAUGGUGUUCAGAACUCGGUAGGUUGAGAUCCAACUGAAAAUGGGUGCAUCACUGUGUUUUAGUGAUAGAAAAUGUGUCAGAUCUCUCCCAAAUACCAUAAUCUCUCUUUGAUCCAAGCUGUCUAAGUCCCAGAUCUCUACUACACCGCAAUAACCAAAAUAGCAAAUCGAAGAAGAUGUAUAUGGCAUAUGGAUGGCCCCAGGUGAUCCCACUGGAACCAGGGCUCUGCCCCUCUUCCCAGAAGAUCAUCUACCUCAAGGUCAAUAAUCGCCUAUUGCUAGUCGUCUCCCCCUCUCAUAUAGAGCUUUGGAGUUCUUCCCAGCACAAAGUAAGAUUGGGGAAGUACAAGAGGGGUUCGGAUUCGGUGCAACGAGAGGGGGAGAAUUCGCAGGCUGUUUGGAGCCCUGAUGCCAAAAUAAUCGCUGUUCUGACAUCAUCUUUCUUUCUUCACAUUUUUAAGGUUCAAUUCACUGAGAAAAGAAUACAGAUUGGAGGGAAGCAACCCUCUGGCUUGUUUCUUGCCUCCAUAUCUCUUCUUCUGAGUGAGCAGGUGCCUUUUCCAGAAAAGGUCCUUGCAACGAGCAAUAUUGUGUGUGAUAAUAAACACAUGCUAGUUGGACUUUCUAAUGGAUCUUUAUAUAGCAUCUCAUGGAAGGGGGAGUUUUAUGGAUCAUUUGAACUUGAUCAUGACCCACAUGAUAGCAGUGAAGUUUCUCAACCACCACCUUCUUUGGAUAAUGGCCUGUCUGCUGGUGGUGCUCCAGGAGUUGUUAUCUCCAACCAUAAUAUCUCCAAGAAGUCUGCUAUUAUCCAAUUGGAGAUUAAUCUUCCAUUGAGGUUGCUAUUGGUGUUAUAUUCUGAUGGACAACUGGUGUUGUGUUCAGUAAGUAAGAAAGGUAUAAAGCAAGCUGAUUGUAUUAGAGCUGAAAGAAAGUUGGGUUCUGGUGAUGCUGUAUGUGCUUCAGUGGCUUCAGAACAACAAAUCCUUGCAGUUGGUACCAGAAGAGGGGUUGUUGAGUUAUAUGAUCUGGCUGAAUCAGCACCACUUAUUCGUACUGUGUCUUUGUAUGAUUGGGGAUAUUCAAUGGAUGACACUGGUUCUGUCAGUUGCAUUGCAUGGACACCUGAUAAUUCAGCUUUUGCAGUUGGGUGGAAGUUAAGAGGACUUACAGUGUGGUCUGUUUCUGGGUGCCGUUUGAUGUCAACAAUCCGCCAAAUUGGUUUAAGUUCUGUAUCUUCUCCAGUGGUAAAGAGAAACCAGGACAGUAAGUAUGAACCUUUGAUGGGCGGCACCUCGGUGAUGCAGUGGGAUGAAUAUGGAUAUAGGCUUUAUGCUAUCGAGGAAGGAUCCUCUGAGAGAAUUCUUGCAUUUUCUUUUGGUAAAUGUUGCCUAAACAGAGGAGUUUCUGGCACAACAUAUGUCCGUCAAGUGAUUUAUGGUGAAGAUCGUUUGCUUGUUGUGCAGUCUGAAGAUACUGACGAACUUAAAAUACUCCAUCUUAACCUUCCAGUUUCAUACAUCACCCAAAAUUGGCCACUUCAACAUGUGGCCGCUAGCAAGGAUGGAAUGUUCUUAGCAGUUGCUGGUCUCCAUGGGCUAAUCUUAUAUGAUAUACGGUUGAAAAAAUGGCGAGUAUUUGGAGACAUUAGUCAGGAACAAAAGAUACAAUGCAAAGGUUUGUUAUGGCUGGGGAAGAUAGUUGUCGUCUGCAACUACAUUGACUCUUCUAACACGUAUGAAUUACUUUUUUAUCCGAGAUAUCACCUUGAUCAGAGCUCACUGCUUGGUCGUAAACCGUUGGUUGCCAAACCAAUGGUGAUGGAUGUCUAUCAAGACUUCAUUCUUGUCACAUAUCGGCCAUUUGAUGUCCACAUAUUCCAUGUUAAAUUAUUAGGUGAAAUGACACCUUCUAGUACUCCAGAUUUAAAGCUUUCUACAGUACGGGAACUAUCAAUCAUGACUGCAAAGAGCCAUCCUGCAGCUAUGCGUUUUGUCCCUGAUCAGCUUCCAAGAGAUGGCUUCCCAAAUAAUCAUUUUUCUUCUUCUUCAGAUUUGUUAUUUAGAGAGCCUACAAGAUGUUUGAUAUUGCGGGCAAAUGGGGACCUUUCAGUUCUUGAUUUGGAUGAUGGACAUGAAAGGGAGCUUACUGACUCUGUUGAAUUAUUUUGGGUCACUUGUGGUCAGUCAGAGGAGAAACAAAAUCUAAUCGAGGAAGUUUCAUGGUUAGAUUAUGGUCACCGAGGAAUGCAGGUUUGGUAUCCAUCUCCUGGUUUUGAUCCUUUCAAGCAGGAGGAAUUCUUGCAGUUGGAUCCGGAGCUGGAAUUUGAUCGUGAGGUAUACCCCAUGGGACUUCUACCAAAUGCUGGCACUGUUGUUGGUGUUUCCCAGAGGAUGUCAUUUUCAGCCUGCACAGAAUUUCCAUGUUUCGAACCUACUCCGCAAGCUCAAACUAUACUUCAUUGCCUACUUCGACACUUACUUCAGAGAGAUAAAAGGGAGGAGGCUUUACGGUUGGCGCAACUGUCAGCAGAAAAGCCUCAUUUUUCACAUUGUCUGGAGUGGCUUCUUUUCACAGUAUUUGAUGCUGAAAUAACCAGGCGAAAUGUAAACAAGAGCCACAUCUCAGUCCCUAAAUAUGCUAACUCUCUUCUGGAGAAGACCUGUGAUUUGAUUAGAAAUUUCCCGGAGUAUUUUGAUGUGGUUGUAAGUGUUGCAAGAAAAACUGAUGGUCGACAUUGGGCAGAUUUGUUCUCUGCUGCUGGAAGAUCAACAGAGUUGUUUGAGGAAUGCCUCCAGCGAAGAUGGUACCGAACUGCUGCUUGCUAUAUACUUGUAAUUGCUAAACUUGAAGGCGCUGCUGUUAGUCAGUACUGUGCUUUACGCUUAUUACAGGCGACACUUGAUGAAUCAUUAUAUGAACUUGCUGGGGAGCUGGUGAGGUUCUUGUUGAGAUCUGGAAGGGAAUAUGAACAGGCAUCUACAGAUUCAGACAAAUUAUCUCCUAGAUUUUUGGGCUAUUUUCUAUUCCGUACCAGUUUCCCGAGGCAGUCCUUGGAGAAAAGCAAUUCAAUCAAGGAGCAGAGUGCUCAUGUUGCUUCUGUUAAAAAUAUUCUAGAAAACCAUGCUAGUUAUUUAAUGUCGGGAAAAGAACUUUCCAAGCUUGUGGCAUUUGUAAAAGGCACUCAGUUUGAUUUAGUGGAAUAUCUUCAAAGAGAAAGACAUGGAUGUGCUCGCUUGGAGAACUUUGCUUCAGGGCUUGAACUUAUCGGGCAAAAGCUUCAAAUGGAUACGCUGCAGAGCAGGCUGGAUGCAGAAUUCCUUUUGGCUCAUAUGUGCUCUGUUAAGUUUAAGGAGUGGAUAGUUGUACUGGCUACACUUCUAAGACGAUCUGAGGUUCUUUUUGAUAUUUUCCGGCAUGAUAUGCGGUUAUGGAAAGCAUAUGGCAUUACCCUGCAGUCCCAUCUGGCAUUUGCUGAAUACCACGAUCUACUUGAAGAGUUGGAUGAGAAACUUUCAGCAGUUGUGAAUUUGGAAGAGAAAUGAGGGCAGAUUUGGAUUUCCAAUCUAAGCUCUGACCACAUAUAUGUUGCCAAAUGAAGUAUUCCGACGGUCAAAUCCAGUACACAUGACCACGCAUGCAUCAGUAAAUGGAGCAGACAAUGAGCACAGGGAAACACAAAAAAAUGAUGGUGACCGUUUGGUAAAUAAUCAAUUCAAUAAAAAUGAUGGUAUUGAUGGUCUCAUUGGGAUUACAGAAUUGUUCAUUCUUGUAGAAUAGGAGGAAACAAACAUGUGGAGACCUAUGGGCAGUUCAUUUCUAAUUUUUUGAUUGUUUUUUUUUUUAAUUAUUUCACACUUAUAAUCUCUAUACAUAUAAAUGGCUUGUUCUUCUAU